AAAACCACUCCGAUCUAAUCUUUCAUCGCAUUUCAAAGAAGUCUUUCAAAAGAAUUAGGUGAAGGGUUGUAGGAUUGAUGAGAGAAGAUGAUUUCCUUUCCUUUCUCUGCUUCAAAAUCCAUGGCAGCAGCGGCAGCCAAUCCCUUCCUGCUUUUAAGGCAUUCUCAUGCACUUCGAGCUCUCACGACUGCGAAGACAUCUCUCGGUUUCCCGAACAGUCAUUGCAGAAUCCCUAUUCUUCCUCUCCUCCAUUCGAACAGAUCCAUACAUCGCAUUAGUGCUGCUGCUGAUGAAGAAGCUUCUGCCAAAGCAGCUGCAGCCAGUGCGGACAGUGGAGGUCCAACCAUAUUUGACAAAAUCAUAGCAAAGGAAAUCCCUUCGACCAUAGUAUAUGAGGAUGAGAAGGUGUUGGCAUUUCGGGAUAUCAGUCCACAGGCUCCUGUUCAUGUUUUAGUUAUUCCAAAAUUCAGGGAUGGACUAACACAACUCAGCAAGGCGGAACCAAGACAUGCAGAGAUCUUGGGUCAUCUUCUGUACGCUGCUAAAAUAGUGGCGGAGAAGGAAGGUAUCCAGGACGGGUUUCGUGUUGUCAUCAACAACGGUCCAGAUGCAUGUCAAUCUGUUUAUCAUCUUCAUCUGCAUAUACUCGGCAAGAGACCGAUGAAGUGGCCACCUGGUUGAAAAUCCCUUUGAUUGCCCCUGAGGUUUUUUAUUUUAUUUCCUCUCUCUCUCUCUCUCUCUCUCUCUCUCUCUCUCUCUCUCUCUCUCUCUCAGAUCUUUAUCUUCCAUUCCUACAAUCAUUUACUAUACAAAUUUCUUCAUUUAAGAGUUUCUAUUCCUGCCCAUCUAGAUGGUC